CCCCGUGGUAUCUCUCGGCUUCCGUUGAGCACCGAGCAAGAUGGCAGCUUCCGAGACGGUUAGGCUACGGCUUCAAUUUGAUUACCCGCCGCCAGCUACCCCGCACUGUACGGCCUUCUGGCUUCUGGUCGACUUGAACAGAUGUCGAGUCGUCACAGAUCUCAUUAGUCUCAUCCGCCAGCGCUUCGGCUUCAGUUCUGGGGCCCUCCUAGGCCUCUACCUGGAGGGGGGGCUCUUGCCCCCCGCCGAGAGCGCGCGCCUGGUGAGAGACAACGACUGCCUCAGAGUUAAAUUAGAAGAGAGAGGAGUUGCUGAGAAUUCUGUAGUCGUCAGUAAUGGUGACAGUAAUUUAUCUCUUAGAAAAGCAAAGAAGCGGGCAUUUCAGUUAGAGGAGGAUGAAGAAACUGAACCAGAUUACAAAUAUUCAAAGAAGCAUUGGAAGAGGCAAGAGAACAAUAACAAUAAUGAGAAGGUCUUGGAUCUGGAACCAAAAGCUGUCACAGAUCAGACUGUCAGCAAAAAAAACAAGAGAAAAAAUAAAGCAACCUGUGUCACAGUGGGUGAUGAUAAUGAAGAGACCAAAAGAAAAUCACCAAAGAAAAAGGAGAAAUGUGAAUAUAAAAAAAAGACCAAGAAUCCCAAGUCUCCUAAAGUACAGGCAGUAAAAGACUGGGCCAAUCAGAGAUGUAGUUCUCCAAAAGGUUCUGCUAGAAACAGCCUUGUUAAAGCCAAAAGGAAAGGUAGUGUAAGCGUUUGCUCAAAAGAGAGUCCUAGUUCCUCCUCGGAGUCUGAGUCUUGUGAUGAAUCUAUCAGUGAUGGGCCCAGCAAAGUCACUUUGGAAGCCAGAAAUUCCUCGGAGAAAUUACCAACUGAGUUAUCAAAGGAAGGACCCUCUACCAAAAAUACAACUGCAGACAAACUGGCUACAAAACCUGGCUUUAGCCUUACCCCCAGCAAGGGCAAGACCUCUGGAACAACAUCUUCUAGUUCAGACUCUAGUUCAGAGUCAGAUGACCAAUGCUUGAUGUCAUCGAGCACCCCGGAGUGUGCUGCGAGUUUCUUAAAGACAGUAGGCCUUUUUGCAGGAAGAGGUUGUCCAGGCCCGGGGCCAUCAUCACAGAGUGCAGGUGCUGCUGGAUGGAGGCGUUCUGGCUCAAACGGUGGCGGACAGGCUCCUGGUCCUUCUCCCAGUGUGUCUCUCCCAGCUAGUUUAGGAAGAGGAUGGGGUAGAGGAGAGAACCUUUUUUCUUGGAAGGGAGCCAGGGGACGGGGCAUGCGGGGGAGAGGUCGAGGACGAGGGCAUCCUGUUUCCUGUGUUGUAAAUAGAAGCACUGAUAACCAGAGGCAACAGCAAUUAAAUGACGUGGUAACAAAUUCAUCUACUAUUAUCCAGAAUCCAGUAGAGACACAGAAGAAGGACUAUAGUCUGUUACCACUGUUAGCAGCUGCCCCUCAAGUUGGAGAAAAGAUUGCAUUUAAGCUUUUGGAACUAACAUCCAGUUACUCUCCUGAUGUCUCUGACUACAAGGAAGGAAGAAUAUUAAGCCACAAUCCAGAGACCCAGCAAGUAGAUAUAGAAAUUCUUUCAUCCUUACCUGCCUUGAGAGAACCUGGGAAAUUUGAUUUGGUUUAUCACAAUGAAAAUGGAACCGAGGUAGUGGAGUACGCUGUGACACAGGAGAGCAAGAUCACUGUAUUUUGGAGAGAGUUGAUUGACCCAAGACUGAUUAUUGAAUCUCCAAGUAACACAUCAAGUACAGAACCUGCCUGAGUAUGACCUCUCCACCUUAGAGUUUAUGAAUGUCUUGUUUGUGAAAGUGACUCUAACCUGAACCUUUUUUUUUUUUUUUUAAAGAGGAUUUGGAAGUUGUAUGGAUUUUUAUCUUCACUUUACUGCAUAGGAAACAAUCUACCUCAUCAUUUAAAAUGACAUGGGUGUUGGUUUUGUAGAUCUUUGGUUUUUUUUGUCAGGUUUAAUUUCAGCUAACAAAAUGUAAAACAUGACAUUCCUUGCAGACAUUGUUGUAUACCAGUAUGGUUUCUUCUCUUUUAAAUAUUUUUGGCCAUCAAGUAGCAGUCGUCGGUAGGAGUUUAUAAUACCAAGAAUGUGCUGCGUAUCUUGUCUCAAUAAGUUUUAAGUAACACUUAAAAAUAUUAAAGCAUGUUACUUGAUCUAAUUUUUUAGCAUUUGAGUUGUUCCAUUAAAUGGAGCAUCUCGUAAAUUUCAAGUAUUUUAUACUUGCAAUUGUUAAGAGUUAAAAGGUAGUUGGAUUUGUCGCAGACAAUGAGUUAAGGAAUCCUUUCAUGUUUUUCCCAACUUUAAAAUUAAGGAUUCUCAGGGCCCUGUGUAGAGCAGUGAAAAUAAGAUGUAUGUGUGUGUGUGUAUGCCUGGAGGAGAAUUGGUGUUCCACUUGGGUGAGAGGAUUGGCUGUGAGCUUCAGACCAGGAAAUGUGUCAUCUUGCCAGGCGCCUGGCUGAGUGUGCUGGAGUGAGGAUCUUAAACAGAAACUUCCUUUUCUGUUAUUAUUCACUACAAAGCUAAAAUGGCCAAAUAUAUACUGUGAAAAUUGGUUUCAUUUAACAAAAGGUCAGAUCCCUCCUUCAGCUGUACACAUUUUUAAAUAAAAUCAUAUUGAACUAAA